GCCGUGGGGGCCAGCGCAGGCCAUGGCGCGCGUGGCGCACGUCGUGGCCGAUGCCGGCGCCUUCCUCCGCGCGGCGCCGCUGCAGGACAUCGCGCAGAGCGUGUACACGGUGCCCGAGGUGGUGGCCGAGAUCCGCGACAAGCCGACGCGGCGGCGCCUGGCCGCGCUGCCCUACGAGCUUCGCUUCUGCCGCCCGCGGCCCGACUACGUGCGGCUCGUGACCGACUUCUCCAAGAAGACCGGUGACUACCCGAGCCUCUCGGCCACCGACCUCCAGGUGCUCGCCCUCACCUACCAGCUGGAGGCUGAGACCGUCGGCCCCGAGCGGCUCCGGCAGGAGCCUGAGGACAAGGUGUGGCUCAGCUCGACCCCGCAGCACCCUGAGGCCCCCGUGCACCUCGCUGGCUUCCACCUGCCCUCCAAGCACAAGCGCCCAGGAAAAGGCCAGCAUCUGCCCAGCCCCGAGAGGAGCACAGUCCCGGCUGAGAGCUCCGAGUUCAGCUCCUUCCUCUACUGGAGGAACCCCCUGCCCAGCAUCGAGGAGGACUUACAGGAGCUGCUGAACGCUCGUGCCGUCUCCAUUAGCCCAGAAGUGGCUGAGGAGCACCAGAGCCCAGAGAACAAGGAGAGUGCCGAGGAAGAGGAAAGCGAGGAGGAGAGCGAUGAUGAAGGCUGGAUAACACCCAGCAACAUUAAGCAGGUCCAGCAGGACAUGGGGCACUGUGACACUGCUCCCGCUGGCGUGCAGGUCGGCUGCGUCACCACCGACUUCGCCAUGCAGAACGUGCUGCUGCAGAUGGGGCUCCACGUGCUGGCAGUGAACGGCAUGCUGAUCCGCCAGGCCAGGAGCCACAUCCUCCGCUGCCACGGCUGCUUCAGGACAACUUCUGACAUGACGAAGGUUUUCUGUCCUCACUGCGGUAACAAGACUCUGAAGAAGGUUGCAGUGAGUGUAAGUGACGAUGGGAGCCUCCACUUGCAUUUCUCCCGCAACCCCAAGGUGCUGAACCCGCGAGGGCUCAGGUAUCCGCUGCCGGCUCCGCAGGGCGGGAAGCACGCAAACAACCCUCAGCUGGUAGAAGACCAGCGCUUCCCGCAGCAGCGGCUGUCCCGGAAGGCUAGGCAAAAGACCAAUGUCUUCGACCCUGACUACGUUGCAGGAGCAUCUCCCUUUGCAGAAAAUGACAUCUACAGCCGUUCAGCCAACCUGCAAAUCCGAGACGCAGCCCUGGGCGCUGGCAGAAGGCGCCUGAACCCCAACGCUGUGACAAAGAAGUUUGUAAAGAGGAGGUGAAUACAGGCCAAGGCCUUCUCCCGCUGCGCCGUGAGGGAAGGGCCGUUGGCCAGGGUGUUACGCACAUUACUGCCCUGUGUCUGAGGCUUUGGGAGGAUGAGAUACUUCUUCGAACUGUUCCAAAGGCAGCUGCCCGGGGCAGGGGCUGGGCCUUUCUUUUUAAGCGUCUGUGGAUGUAUAAAGAGCAGCCUGUGCCUGGGGACGACAGCCGUGUUUCACGAGGCCUCAAACCUGAGCUGUCCACCAGGCCCGGGGUGCUGUGACGGGCGUGGGUUAGCGUGUAGGGCACGGUGUUAGCAUUCCUGCUCGUCUCCCAGGACACCACAGCAACGGGCAGCGUCGCCUGCCUGUAAUAAAAACAAGCAGCAGA